AUGGAGGACACCGCUGAGUCUCGCUUCUCUGAGUUCUGCGAGAGUGGGCUAUCAUUGGAAGAGAACAGCUGUAGACAAGCAAUGAAGCUGUUUGGAGAAACCAAACAUGUGUUACUGACAAAUGUCUUAUCAAUUGGGAAUGGAACGUCCGAGGAAGCAGAACGUUAUUGGUUUUCCUUUAUUUUAUACUCUAUCAAGAGAUUGACUGUGAAAAAUGCGGAGAGUGAGAAGGAGGAGACUGAUAACAAUGGGCUUACCUUGUGCCAGAUAUUGAGAGCGUUGAAGCUUAAUAUUGCAGAUUUUUUUAGAGAACUUCCUCAGUUUGUUAUUAAGGCUGGUCCAAUUUUGAGUAAUUUAUAUGGCACUGAUUGGGAAAACAGGCUUGAGGCGAAGGAGGUGCAUACUAGUGCUAUUCACCUAAAGAUUCUUAGCAAGUACUAUAAACGUGUAUUUGAAGAGUUCUUCUUGGAAAAUGGUACAAACGUUGAAAACAACUCAGCUGGUAAUGUUCAUAUAUCUGAGUUCCAUCGCUUUGGAUGGCUACUUUUCUUGGCACUUCGUGCACAUGCUUUCAGCUGUUUCAAAGACUUGGUGUCUUGUACCAGUGGUUUAGUUUCUGUCUUGGCCAUCUUGAUUAUUCAUGUUCCUGUUCGUUUUCGGAAUUUCAAGGUGCAUGAUUCUUCACACUUUGUUAAGAAAAGCAGCAAAGGUGUGGACCUCCUUGCAUCACUUUGCAACAUUUAUAACUCUUCAGAAGAUGACUUGAGGAAAACGAUGGAGAAUGUUAAUAAUUUGAUCGCCGAUAUAUUGAAGAAAAAGCCCCUGCCAGCAUCUGAAUUUGAAACUGAAAACCUAGAGAAUUUUGAUAGAGAUGGUUUGAUCUAUUUUGAAGAUCUGAUGGAGGAAGCAUCUCUGCUAUCCAAUUUAAAAAUCUUAGAAAAGGAUUAUGAUUACACAAUUCGUAACAAGGGCGAACUUGAUGAGAGGUUGUUCAUUAACGAGGACGAUAGCUUGUUAGCUUCAGGAAGCUCGUCUGGAGGUUCUAUGUCAGAAUCUGGUGUCAAGAGGAAAUUUGAUUCGUUGGCAUCACCUGCAAAGACAAUUAAAAGUCCACUCUCUCCCCAUCGUUCUCCUACAUCCCAUGCUAAUGUCAUUUCCAGUAGUACAAAUUCAAAGAUGGAAGCCACCCCUGUAAGCACAGCAAUGGUUACUGCAAAGUGGCUUCGUACUGUCAUUUCUCCACUUCCAUCAAAGCCCUCACCAGAGCUGGAGAGAUAUCUGACAUCAUGUGAUAGGGAUGUUACAAGUGAUGUGGUGCGAAGGGCGCAGAUUAUAUUGCAGGCUAUAUUUCCUAGUAGUCCUCUCGGAGAACAAUGUGCAACUGGAAGUGCUAACCUCAUGGACAAUGUCUGGGCGGGACAGAGAAGAUUGGAAGCCCUUAAGUUAUACUAUAGGGUAUUGGAAGCAAUGUGCAGAGCAGAAGCCGAAACUCUGCGUACAACUAAUUUAACAUCGCUACUAACCAAUGAGAGGUUCCAUUGGUGUAUGCUUGCAUGUUCUGCAGAACUAGUCCUGGCUACGCACAAGACUGUAACAAUGUUGUUCCCUGCAGUACUGGAGAAGACUGGAAUUACAGCUUUUGAUCUUUCCAAGGUCAUAGAAAGUUUCAUUAGACAUGAGGAAUCUCUCCCAAGAGAAUUGAGGCGACAUCUGAAUUCAUUGGAAGAACGACUUUUGGAAAGCAUGGUUUGGGAAAAGGGUUCCUCCAUGUAUAAUUCUUUGAUAGUUGCUAGACCUGCCCUUUCUGCUGAAAUAAAUCGUCUUGGACUGUUAGCUGCACCAUUGCCAUCGUUGGAUGAAAUUGCAAUGCGUAUUAACUUCUCUUGUGGAGGGUUGCCUCCAGUGCCUUCCUUGCAGAAGCUUGAGACUUCACCAACUCAGAAUGGGCAUACCAGAUCUCCAAAGCGACUGUGCACAGAAUAUCGAAGUUCGUCAGCUGAACGAAAUUCAUUUGCAUCACCUGUGAAAGAUCGGCUUCUGCCCUUCAGUGACCUUAAGUCAAAGCUUCCCCCUCCUCCUAUGCAGGCUGCUUUUGCCAGUCCCACAAGACCAAACCCAGGAGGUGGAGGGGAUACUUGUGCAGAAAUUGCAAUUAAUAUCGCUUUUGGCAAGAUCAUUAAGUUAGGAGCAGUCAGAAUAAGUGGUAUGGCUGAAAGGCUAAAAUUAUCACAGCAGAUGAGGGAGAAUGUAUACUGUCUUUUCCAACAAAUCCUAAAUCGACGGACCUCUCUCUUCUUCAAUCGCCAUAUUGACCAAAUCAUAUUAUGUUGCUUUUAUGGAGUUUCUAAGAUUUCUCAACUAAACCUAACUUUUAAAGAGAUCUUAUACAAAUAUAGAAAGCAACCGCAAUCCAAACCAGAAGUUUUUCACAGUGUAUUUGUUGAUUGGUCAUUGGCACGCCAUAACAGGAGAACUGGUCAGGAGCAUGUUGGCAUCAUUUCAUUUUACAAUGAAAUAUUCAUUCCCUCUGUAAAACCACUUCUGAUUGAACUAGGCCCUGGGGGUACAAAACACAGUACCGGGAAACCAGAAGUCAAUAAUAGUACUGACGGCCGUUUGACUCAAUCUCCUGGAUCUCCUAAAUUAUCCCCUUUUUCAAGCCUUCCUGAUAUGUCUCCAAAAAAAGUGUCUUCGUCACGUAAUGUAUAUGUCUCUCCAUUACGAUCUUCUAAGAUGGAUGCUCUAAUAUCAAAUAACUCAAAAAGCUAUUAUGCCUGUGUUGGGGAGAGCACUCAUGCAUAUCAGAGCCCUUCUAAAGACCUGACAGCCAUCAAUAACCGUUUGAAUGGCACCAGGAAGGUUAGAGGUGCCCUCAAUUUUGAUGACGAUGAUGUUGGCUUGGUUAGUGACUCUAUGGUUGCAAAUAGCCUCAAUCUACAGAAUGACAGUUGUGCAUCCUCGUCUUGUCCACCAGUGAAGUCAGAGCAACCCAACUUUUAA